UUUCAAUCUUUCUCGUCCUCUCGCUUGCACCUCCCCACACUUCAUGUCGGUCUCCUUUCUCUGCUCUUAUAUUAUAUAUAUACAUCUUUCUUUUACAUUAACAUUUUUAUUUCUAUUUAUAACAAACUGAGUGGUACACACUAAAUCAUCUUCCUCCUUCCACACUAUCAUUCGCACGUUCCUCUCUCCGAGAUUUCUCUUCCUUAAUUUCAGCCUAAGCCCAAGAUUGCAGGCUUCAAAUUGAACAAGGAAAGUUGAAAACUUUGAUGGGUCGAGGGGCAGUUUUCAUUCCAAAAUUAUACCUACUAUUCUGUUUUAUCCUCUGUUCAGCAGCAACAACAUGGAUAGCAGCAACAGAACACAAAACACAAUCAGAAAUUGGAGCAAGACAAGAAGAAUUAAAUUUUUCUAUAUCCACUACUGAAAAGGAUAUUACCACACCAAUUACAACUGUUCCCACUCCCACUAUAUCAACUCCAAUUAUAGACCCCACUUCAACCCCGGGAACAUCGCCGGUGACUCUGACGCCAGGAACAACCCCGGUCACCACCACAACUCCGGUAUCUUCUGGCGGUAGCUGGUGUGUUGCUAGCCAAAGUGCGUCUCAUAAUGCCUUACAGGUUGCUUUGGACUAUGCUUGUGGCCCUGGUGGUGCUGAUUGUUCAGCAAUUCAGCCCACUGGAAGUUGCUACAAUCCUAACACACUUCCUGACCAUGCUUCUUAUGCAUUCAAUCAAUAUUAUCAGAAGAAUCCAAUUCCAAGUAGCUGCAAUUUCGGAGGAACUGCAGUUACUACCAGCACUGACCCUAGUACUGAAACAUGUCAGUAUCCAUCCACCAGCACGAUUUCAUCAGUUUUAAACACAACAAAUUCCAACGGUGCAACAGUUUAUGGUGCGGUUCCUAAUCCAUUAAGUCCUUCUACAUCUGGUGCAUCUACCAAACUUCAUAACAGGCCGCAAUUCUUCCUAGCAGUAGCAUGGCUUUUUCUGUUGCUGGCCAAACACUAUCAAUAAAAAAUACAAAUGAAAGAAAGAAUCCUCGUUUACUUUUAUUUUAUUAAAGUAAACUUCAAGUCAAGCAAUUGCCUUCAGUGGUUCUUCUGUUUCUUUUUCUGGAACCAAGAGGCAUAAAUUGCCAUGCUGACUUAUUGUAGACAAGAAGAACAUGUCAAAUUGGGGGUUACUGUUGUAAUGAUUUGAUGUAUAAAAGAGGAAAUUGGUUAGGCGAGAGGGCAAUGUGCUGAGUUUUGUACUGUUAGGAAUCAUUCUUUUUCUCCUUUAUUUCUUUUAUAGCGUUGAAAAUAAAUAAUUUGUUACACAGAACAGAAAUGA